UCCGUUUUCUGUAACAACUUUUGAGUACACUUCAUUCAAAUUCUGCAGUUUAUUAUUUUUCUUUUCUGAACUGAUUUGGGUUUCUGUGGAGGGAUUUACACCACAAAAUGAGUUAUAUGCAAGGAAGAUCUAACACUGAGAAUAGAUUAAAUCUUGGUGCUAACUACAGUCCCGGGACAAUGAAGAUUCCCGAGAGCGAGUCUGGUCUAGCCCUCUUAGCCAGACUCGGUACUCGACCAAGCCUGAAGAACAUAGACUCUCAGUUUUUUCCCACUGGCCUGGACCCUUGUGACGUUGUGGAAGUCAUUGGUAACAGAGGGUCAGGCAAGUCAUCGUUCAUCUCUCAUCUGAUUCUGAAUUCCCUGAUGCCUGAAGCCUGGUGUGGGAUUAAGCUGGGAGGCAGCAGCUGUGGGGUGGUAUACAUUGAUGCUGAUUUACACUUCAGUAUCUUACAUAUGGAAAAUAUGUUGCAGAGAAGGAUUAAGAAAAUGGUUAAAAGUGCUAGGGCAGAGCUGAAGGGAUUGGGUGAAAGGAAGACUACUGGCAGUUUGGUUUGCAGUCCCAAAACAUUCCAAGAUUUUCUGCAUUCAGGGAGAAGGCAACAAGAAAGUGAAAUCAACAAAUUAACAAGGGACUGCUUGAAACACCUUCUCUACUUGAAGUGCACAGACAGUUUUCAGUUUACCAUCACAUUGCUUUCACUCAAUGAACUCACACAAAACAGAGAUAAUAUAUCUCUUGUUGUCAUAGACAGUAUCUCGGCCUUUUAUUGGUAUGACCGUACCUAUAAGGCAGGAACUUGGUACAAGCUGGAGCAACACUACAACCGGAUAUUCAAGGCCUUUCUUGGCCACAUCAGAAAACACAAGCUAGUCCUCCUCACCAGCCGCCAGACCCUCUUCCAAAGGAGGUCGUUGAAAGAAGAGCGCAAAACCAGCAACCAAAAUGAGGAUAUAGAAGAUUUUGAUGCCACAGACUAUGAGUACCUAGGCCGAGAGUGGGCCAGUGGAGUGACGCACCGUAUUUACUUAUCAAUUGACACUGUGGGAGAAACUUCAAAUACAAACCUUCCUCAAGAACAACAAGUGCAUGAUGUGCAAGAUUCAAUGUGCCAAGGUGAGGAAUCUUUCAGCAUCAUGGAUAAAUCUGCUAAAGAAAGAACAACGUAUGUGGCUGAAGUGAACGGAAAAAAUAACAUGAAAAAUAAAUUCUCUUUUACCAUACAUGAAGAUGGUAUCAGACAUUUGGUUGUGAAAGAUUAAAGUGAUUUUUCAGAAUUGUAUUUUUUAGAUUUCUGGUCAUGGGGUUCAAGGACUGUUUAAAUUUUUUGCUUUCUAGGAAGUUGAUACAAAUUUUUGUACAUCUU